AUGCUGCCGAUUCGCGCGCUCGACGCAGCUCAGCCGUUCGAUUACGAGCAUCAACAGAAGCGGCGGCUGGAGGAGAAGGGCAGGUUGAAAAUCGGCAUUUUGGGGUUCGGGAAUUUCGGGCAGUUUUUGGCGCGGCGAUUCGCGCGCCACGGGCACCACCUGACAGCGUGGUCGCGGUCCGACUACUCGCAGGUCGCGAAGCAGAUGGGCGUGCGCUUCUUCACUGACAUGGACGAUUUCUGUGAGGACCAUCCAGACGUGGUGCUGCUGUGCACGUCCAUCAUCUCCAGUGACGCCCUGCUGCGCUCGCUGCCGCUGCAGCGCCUCAAGAGGAACACGCUCUUCGUGGACGUGCUCUCCGUCAAGGUCUUCCCCAAGAUGCUGCUGCUGCAGGUGCUGCCCCCCGAGUUUGACAUUCUCUGCACGCACCCCAUGUUCGGCCCAGAGAGCGGCAAGGGCUCGUGGGAGGGGCUGUCGUUUGUGUUUGACCGCGUGCGCAUCACCCCGGGGGGAAGGGCUGAGAAGGCCGACCGGUUCCUUCAGAUAUUCCACAAUGAGGGCUGUCGCAUGGUGGAGAUGACGUGUGAGGAGCAUGACAAGUAUGCAGCCGGCACACAGUUCGUCACCCACACUGUCGGCAGAGUGUUGGGCAAGCUAGGCCUGGAGAGUACACCCAUUAACACCAAGGGCUACGAGACGCUUCUCAAACUGGUGGAGAACACGGCAGGUGACAGCUUUGACCUUUACUACGGGCUCUUCAUGUACAACACAAAUGCCACCGAGGAGCUGCAACGUCUGGAGAUGGCCUUCGAUGCAUUGAAGAAGCAGCUACUGGAUCAGCUGCAUGACAAGCUGCGAUUGCAGCUCUUCGGCAUGCCCCCUUCCGCCACCGCCGUCCCUUCCUCCUCCCCUCCCUCCUCCUCCUCCUCCUCCUCCUCUUACUCCUCCUCUCACUCCUCUUCCUCUCGGGCCUCCUCUCCCUCCCCACUCACCUCCUCUCUGCAGUCGCUGCAGCUGCCUGUUCCUCCUCCAUCUCUCCCCUCCCCACUUCCUCCCCAUCACCCCUUUCCUCCCUUUUCCUCCCCAGAGGAGCGACCCAACCCCUGGCUGCGCCACGGGCUGGCGCUGCUGUUUCUGCUGCUGCCUGUUCUUUGUGCACUCCCUCUCCUCUCUCAAUUCUUUUUUUCUCUCGCAUGGCCGGCCGCCUGCCCACGCUCGUCUCUCAUUUCGCGCCUUUCAAUCCUCGCCCGCCCAUCCCUCCCCUCCCCACGUCAGGAGCGACCCAACCCCUCGCUGCACCACGGGCUGGCGCUGCUGCUGCUGGAAUGCCCGCACGCAUGGCCGACCGCCUGCCCACCCUUGCCUCUCGUUCCGCGUCAUUUCCUCCCCACCACCCCUCCCUUCUCCCAGGAGCGCCCCAACCCCUGGCUGCACCACGGGCUGGAGCUGCUGCUGGAAGGCACCAAGGGCGGGCUCAAGCGCCUCAGCCUUCAGUUCGAGUGGCAGGUGCGUGCUGGAGAAGAUGUGCCCUUCACGGACCGGUUGCUGGGGGCGGUGGGGCGGCUGUGCCCUGCUCUUGAAGAGUUCACGUUGAUAGCUGCUGACUACCUCGUCACAGAGACUGCUGUGGCGGCCUUCCUGCGAGCCUGCCCGCAGGUCCACACCUUCCACUGCUACGUGCGCUCUCCCAUCCCCAUCCACAGCCUGGGAGACAACCUGCUGUGGCAGGUGAACCGCAAGUGGCCACACCUCCAAUCCCUGGCCAUCAACGGUAACCACAUCACAGAGAACGGCGUCUUUGCACUCGCCUCCUGCGCCCACCUGCACUUUCUGUCCCUGCAUGGCUACCCCAGGGGCAUUUUCGAGCGAGCCAAAACAACGGCAGACGGUGAUGCGGUCCUCUUCCCGGCCCUCUCCUCCCUUUCCUUCUCCUACAACCUCCCCACACCCGCUGAGCUUCGCCGGAUCCUCCGCAUGUGUCCCUUGCUCUCCCUUCUUGCACUGCACCCCUCCCCUCCUCCCCCUGAGGCCACACCUGGCAGCCCCAGCAGUGGGCUUGUGAGCAGUAGCAGAGGCAUGCAUGAAGCUGUGACCCUAGAGGGAGUGGUUGAGCAGGAGUGUAAGGGGGCUGUGAGUGUGACUAUAGAGGAAGCGCCUGCUAAGAAGACUAGUUAUGACUUGACUGCUGUGGCGCAUGGCUUGGGCAUCAAGGAUUUGACCAAGUAUUAA